UACGGAUGUUUGUCAGAUGUGUGAUCAAAAUAAUGUGGUCGAUAAAAGAUUUUAUAAAGGAAAAAUUAAUUGUCAGAGCUGAUUCAGCUGCCGGUGCACCAGCGGGACAAUAUUGUUGUGAAUUUGGUUCGAGGAAAUAUUUUUUACUAUGUGGUGUCGGUGGAAUUGUUUCUUGUGGCAUUACACAUACAUUAAUAACACCUUUGGAUUUGAUAAAAUGUCGUUUGCAGGUCGAUUCCGCCAAAUAUAAAAAUCUAGCCCAUGGAUUCAAAAUAACCGUAGCUGAGGAAGGGAUCCUGGGUUUGACAAAGGGUUGGUUACCGACCCUUUACGGUUACUCGAUCCAAGGUUUCUUAAAAUUUGGUCUUUACGAAUGGUUUAAAGUUUACUAUGCCAAACUUGUCGGCGAAGAAAUCGCAUACGAUUAUCGCACAUGGAUAUUUCUAAUGAGUUCAGCUUCUGCUGAAUUUUUCGCUGAUAUCGGUUUGGCUCCAUUCGAAGCAUGCAAGGUUAGGAUUCAAACGUCAACCGGCUUUACCAGCUCUCUCACGACCGCCAUGAAGAUCAUGAUGCAGGAGGGUGGUCCAGGAGUCUUCUACAAGGGUCUAGUCCCACUUUGGUUAAGACAGAUUCCUUAUACGAUGAUGAAGUUUACCUGUUUCGAAAGGACGCUUGAACUUCUUUAUAAACUUGUCGUCCCAAAGCCACGCGCCGAUUGCACAAAGGCUGAACAAUUGGUUGUCACUUUUGCAGCUGGUUAUAUCGCUGGUGUAUUUUGUGCCGUAGUCAGUCAUCCGGCAGAUUCGGUUGUUAGUAAACUUAAUCAAGAGAAGGGAUCCACUGCGAUACAAAUAGCUAAGAAAAUUGGUUGGGCCGGUAUGUGGAUGGGAUUGGGACCACGUAUUGUUAUGAUUGGUACACUUACCGGCUUGCAAUGGUUCCUGUACGACGCAUUUAAGGUUUUCACCCGGAUGCCCCGACCACCUCCUUUGGAAAGAUCAAAGACAAAGAUUAGCGAUAAAAAAUAAUAUCGAUACCGUAACUUUUUGUAAAUCAAAAAUUAGAAUACCACAAUAUAUAGAAACUUUAUUUUUUUUUAAUUCUAUAACACGUCUUUAUUUAUCUUUACCGUCAAUUGGAAAUAGACGUCUUCACGAAACGACGUACAAUCGAAUCAAUCCACUCAUAUUAUUUUUAUACAAUGUAGCUACAAUGGAUCCAGGCAGUUGGUGUGUAUGUUAUUAAGUAGUAGAUUAGACAUGACGAAAUAAAAAUUGGAAAUUUAUUGAA